AUGACGCCACAGCGCAAUUUUCUUUUCAUUUUCAACGAUUUGGAUAUCCAUCCUUUGACCAAGGAUCUCUUUGAAGAGUUUAAAUGUAAAGUGACAAAUUCACGGUAUAUCAACUGCAAUAUGAUUGUGCGGCGCAACAUUGAGCAGUUGGAAGUGGAGACAACCCUGGACAUGCUUAAGCCCAACAAUCGGUCAAUGCGGUUUUAUCAAGUACAUUUGGAUGUCUGUCAAUUUUUUUCCACUCUGCACAAGAACCGUAUGUUUAAUGUAGUCGCCAAGAGCCUGUCUAAUACCAUAAAUGGUAGCCUAAAAUGUCCGAUAGUAGCGGUAAGUGAUCCAUCAAAUUGUUUGAAAAUUAACUUCAACUAUACACUAAAUAACUAUCAUCUGAAGGAAACCGAUUUUCCGAACUAUGUGCCCGAGUGUCAAUUCCAAACCUGGAUGAAAUUCUAUACAAACAAAAAGUUGAUUCUACGAUUGGGCUCCAGCGGUAGGGUUCAGUAUAAGAAGUAGUAAUUAUGCAUCAAAUGUCAGGUCUCAAAAAAGUUGUUGCUCCUUAUAGUAUU